AUAAACUUCUUCAUUAAGUACCAGUCAGCAUGUUCAAGGAUAGGAUCGUCUUGUGUUUAUUUGGAUUGGCGUGGAUACAGCCGUUCACUGCGUCCCUGCACACAGAACAUAUCAGGGUAAAAACUGACCAUGUGUUACAGGUAAUUGGUGAUAUGUUUGUUGGCGUCACCAUCGACAGCGGUCAACUGAAGUACAAUCUGAAGUAUCACAACGUCAGCUCUCCCAAACUUGUGACUCUUGGAAAAGCUUUAGCACCUGGGUAUCUGAGAGUCGGAGGCACAUCAGGGGACUUCAUGGUGUUUGACCCGACUCACAACAUAGCUACUGGCCAACAGUUUCAACUCCAAGCAAACACCUGGGAUGAUUUCAACAAGUUUGUUCACAAGACUGGGCUGAAAUUAGUGCUUGGCCUCAACCUAAUGAUCCGCGAUGAAACAAAGUGGAACCCAUCAAACGCUAAGCAGUUGCUUAAAUAUUCCUCUGACAAAGGAUACACUUUUGCAGGGAUUGAACUGGGAAAUGAACCGAACUUGUUAUACCGACAUUGGAAUACUACUGUCAGUGAUGUUCAGUUGGGAAGCGACUACAAGGAGCUGAAACAAGUUCUCCAAGGAACGGCCUAUAAGUCCAGUCUCAUCCUUGGACCUGAUAUAGCCGGUUAUAAAGACACGUUUAUUAAAAACUUCCUGUCCCAUUGGGGAGCCAGUGUCAUAGACGUCUUGACCAUUCAUCAUUACUACUUUAAUGGACAAACCGCCAAGCUGGAAGACUUUUCUAAGUAUUCUACAAUGGAUCAUCUUAUAUCUGAACUACAGACAGUGAUGAGUACGGUCCGAAGCCAUCAUGGUCUGGUGGCGUGGCUAGGGGAGACCUCGUCCGGCUAUGGGGGAGGCACUCCUGGCAUAGGUGAUAGAUAUGUGGCAGGCAAUCUGUGGCUUGAUAAACCAGGUGCAUCAGCAAAAUAUGGCCUAAAAGGGGUCCUGCGCCAGUCACUCUUCGGAGGGCACCAUUCACUUCUUGACAGAAACAACGACCCCAAUCCUGACUACUGGUUGACGCUUCUUUACAAGAGACUUGUUGGUAACAAAGUGUUUGAUGUUCCGUCUUCAUCUAACAACCUCCGACUGUAUGCCCACUGUACGAAGCUUACCGACGUGUACAACUACAAGCCUGGCAGUAUCACAGUGUAUGCCCUUAACCUAAAUAGUGACCCCGUAAUUCUAAGCAUAUCGGAUCUGAACACCAAAGACGUGGACAUAUUCUGGCUGACACCAGAGGGGGGCGAUUUGACGUCACAAAAAGUGCAGCUCAAUGGCAAAACACUGCAACUUGUCAACAACCAAAUACCACACAUGACGCCAAAAGCUUUGGGAACAGGGACGAUGACAGCACCUGGAAACUCCUUUGGGUUCAUCGUCAUCCCAAACGCCAACAUAGCUGCAUGCCGUUCACAAAGCCACGGUCCAAUUAUCGGAUAAAUGAACCAGCAGUCUGUUUUCCUAAAUGUUUCAAUAAACGCUAUGAUGUUUGUGUUGUGAGGAUAUAGACGGUAUAUAUAUUGAAAUAUGUUUGACUAAGG